AUGUCAAACAAUGAUGAUAUCCAGUGGCUCGAGAGCUACCUGCGCUAUGGCUACGAUCCCGAAGCUCAAAGGUUCGAGGACAAUAAUAUGGUGUACUUCCAGACCAAUCCGUACUUUGCCUUGCCCCCCCCGUCUCAAAUGUCCCACCCUUCGCCAGGAGCGGGUCACGCUCGACUUCAACCACCAUACCCGCAAAGCCGUCCUUUAGCGGAAAGGAGUAAUGUGAGGCCUACACCUGCCAAUUCUUCAUCGGCGCCAGCUCCAUCGUCAGCGCUAUCUCGCCCAGCGCAAGCCCCGCCUCGUUAUACUCAUUCCUCAAACGGCGCGCCGCCCCCCGUGUCACGGACCCAGAGCCCGCAGCAUCGGUUCGCUCUUGUGAAGGGGCCGGAGGCGUAUCAGAACCUGGCACAGCAAGCUCUAUGCCACUCACAGCGGGCACCGUCUCCACAGGCUCAACGGCCAUCUCACUCCGAUCCCCCGAGUACGACGGUAGCGGCAGCAGCAGCUCCGCCCCCAUCAAAGACAGCUCCCCGGCAGCCUCAGACAACAGGGUCUCCUCAACUGCUCAAUCCCACAUCAGCACAACCGCACGACAGCGCGCCUCCUAGUGCACCGCACGCCGGAAGAGCCUGGACAGUGAUAGCAGACGGAAACAGAACGGCUUCAUCGUCAGCGACUGGGAGCGCGCCUCGACCGACUUCGAAGACGGUGCCGCCCGAGUCGCAGAAAGCGGUUUAUCCUCAAGCGUCGCAACCGGUGCCGUCUUCUGUGGUCUACCCUGCGCUGUUGCAAAAUCCACCAGCACACCAGCAUACAAGCGGGUCCAGGGAAACUCCCCCCGCUGGGUCUUACAACGCACCCUUUCAACCUAUGCCACAAGGUCCGCCUACAUAUCAAUAUUCCGGGGCGGUGAAUCAUGCUUCUCCCGCCGGGACUGACGCGGGAUCCUCUCAAAGUGUGCCUCAUAAUUUCUCGACAAGUCAGUAUACAGGUGGACCGAAUCAAAAUCCGUCCGCAGGUCCUCACCAGACACCGUCGCACGGUAUGCCACAUAUGCCACAGUCUGGACAUACACCGGUUUCUGCUCCUGCGCCCGACCCGGGCUUUGUCCCAGCGCCUUUGCAAGCAGUCCUUCAGAAGCAGCAAAUCAAUGUAUUUGGGGAACAGGAGCCCGGACCCGCCGCUAAGAGACGUCGUGUCACAGAUCCGAAGACACCAAAGCAGCCAGCUUCGUUUGUAGCCACAGAUGCCGGCCACCCUUCGAUUCCGGCCGGUGGACUGUCGGUCUACAGUUAUGCUCCCACAACUACCACUGGGCCCCGAGCCAAGGAUCAUCUCAAACAUCGCGCGGACAUUGUGAAGCCGAUAAACGCAGAUGAUGCUGCCCGCAAGCUGUUUUACGAUCCGAAGACCAUUGCUAGAGAUGUUUUGAUAGCAUCUGGUCGUCAUCCAACUGAAGAUCCUUUAAAUCAUCACCUCUUUCGUCUGCGCGACGCUUUUUCACACGUGGACAAUGGGUCGGAUUUGACGACGUUCCGGUGGGACUUGGUCGACUCACAUGAGGCACGUGAUCAAGGGCCGGUCGGCCAAGAGCCCGCGCCGCGACCGCCGCCGCAGAUCUUCCCGUCUGCCCCAGUCCCGCCAGCCCCUGCACACUUUCCACAGACGUUACCUCCACACCCACAGCCGCAAGCGCAGAUAUCAAAGCCCACCUCCACCCUUGAGAUCCCUGUCCCAGCUCCAAGUCCCCAAGUUCAGCUCACCGCCAAGACCAGUGUUCCUCCUUCCUUGCAGCAGGCAUACACACCACCUCCGUCGGCGCAGCCGCAACCACAAUCUCAGCCCAAAACACCGUCGAGCACGAUGGUUGGCAAGCGGGGUCCGGGCCGUCCGCCUGGGAGCGGCAAUAAACCAAAGCAGCCGGUGGUGACUGUAUCACAGGUGCCAUACCAGGUUUUCUGCUGUCAAUGGACCAAUUGUCGUGGCGAGCUUCACAAUCUGGAAGGACUUAAAAAGCACAUCUUCAAGGUCCAUGUUUCCCAACAGCUGACUUGCGGCUGGAGUGGAUGCACACACCUGGACCCCAUGCCUGCUGCGCAGCUGUUCAAACACGUGAAGACUAACCAUCUGGGCUCUAUCGCGUGGCGGCUGGGUGAUGGACCGUCUGUGCCAAAACCUGGGGACAAGACUACCGAAACAGGACUAUCUACAAUCCCCCAGACCGGCCGACCAGGCACGGAUGACAUGCUUAUCUUUCCGGCGAGUGGUUCGUCAAUCAGAUCUUACCACAGAGUUCACGGCAACACCACUCAGCAGCAAAAAGCUCAGGAGAUCCUCAAGGCCGUGCAGCGACUGAAAGAACAAAUCGGCGUGGGGUUAGAUCCGGGAGGUUGUGAACUGGCCAACUUUGUGCGGAACGAGCGACACAGCACGGACGAGAAUGUCUACGAAGUGGUUGUUUAGACGCGCGGCUCAUUCUAAUGUGAAGAACUCGACAUUUUGCAUGGGCGGAGUGGUUUCUUCUCACUUGUAUCUCGAUUUAUUGCAUCCGAGAGCAUCAACCUUCAGGUUCUAGUAUUCCGAUCACUUUCCCUUUCUACCCAUCUCUGCUUGUCCCCAGCCUGUCCAGAAUAACCACGUUUUUCUACAAUACUACCGUGGAAAGCUGGGGUCUCUUGACUGUUGAUACAUAUGCACAUACGUAUACACUCCUGAACCGACUUAUGGGAAGCAAACGAUGCAUUGGACGGAAGCUACCUAAGAACAACCGCCC